GUGUAAAACUUCUACUUUCAUUUUUUUCAUUGGUGUCAUCAGUUAAAAUAUUUCCGUUUUAACAUUCAAUAAAUAUUUAUUUAUUUUUCAAAAUUUCAGUAUGGAAGUGGUCAUAGAUUGUUAUUUUGAUGAAUUAUUUGAAGGGAUGGAACGAGACUAUCUUGUUUCAAGGCACAAAAGACGACAAUUAGUUAAAUAUAUUUCUGAUGUAAUUAAUAACUCGGCUCAAGCUGAAAAUCUUGAUACCAGUGAUGUGUGUGAGCGGAUAGUAAUGUCGGCUUUACGUUACCACAAUAUCAGCAUGUCAGAGAAUGGUUCGGUGUGCCUUCUGGGUAAAUUCCACAACGUUUUAUAUGUCGCGGCAAAACUAUGUUAUGACUGGAACCUUACCAACAACCAAGUAGUAACACGCCUGCUUAAUGAUAUUUACUACUGCGAAAAGACUUUCGAAAGGAUUUUCGUGGGUGCAAUUUUUGGUAUUAGAGUAACACAUUUUCUGUCUGGUUGGAAGAGUGAUUUUGAAGACCGUGAUGAAAAUAUUCGAGCACUGACGUAUUUUUUAGAUCAUGCAAUAAAAGGGAAACUAGAAUAUAAAACCUCAUCAUCAUUAAUCAAACGACGUUUUAUUGAUAUCCCUAUGGAGUCUUAUGGUCAGGUGUUACCUCUAAGAGUUGCAAUUCAACAUGGUGCACCAGACAUUCUCCUCGUUAUGCUACGUUAUGGAGCUUCGACUGAAUCUGAUAAGCUUGCUCCUUCACCAUUAGAAAUUCUAUUGACUAAAAUCAAUGAAUAUGAUUUUAGUCAUGAAGGAUCAGUACUUCCUAAAAAUUUAAUUCUCUGUUUAAAAAUACUUUUGCGAACUAUACCAGUAGCAUGUAUCAAAACACCUGAUCAUAUUGCUAAUCAAUGUGGAGUAACACAAAUGACACUUUAUGAGCAGUAUCCAAUUUUAGUUGAAAGGAAUUUAGUUCCACCAGAACGAAGUGGACUUACUCCACCAGAACUUCGACAUUUGUGUCGAUGUUCAAUCCGUCAACGUUUAUUUGAAAAUUGGGCAUUACCUCAUGGUAUUAAAUCUCUAUGUAUUCCAACGUGCUUACAAAAUUACUUGGACAUACUUUAUGAUUGAAAAGUGUGAUAUUUUAUGUAACAUUUUGGAGUGAUUGCGAAGAUUUAAAACUUUUUUA